UAGCUAAGAGGAAAACCGGAAGAGGUGUGAUAAAACAAUAUAAUUAGCACAUUUUAAAAGCAUCUAAAGGCAAUUACAAACACAAAUAAACAGUAGUGGUAUGAUUUGACAGUUACAAGUCUACUUUCAUUAGCUUUUAUUGGACUCGUGAUGGCUCCUCUAAUGGGACAGUCUAAAGCGCUGACUGCAUCAGAGCUGCUGAUUCUGAAGUCAGUGCUUCAUGCUGCAUCUCACUGUGCUGUGCGGGACAGGGGAGACUCCGCCUCAAAGCCAUGCAUCUCACAAACGAUAAACUAUCUAACAUCCGAAAGUGUCUUUUGGUCACUUUACUGUUCGUUUGUUCAUUUCAACUCUCCCGAUCAAAGCGAAUAUUCAAAUGUCCUUCAGGAUGCACUUGUACGACAGAUUCAAUCAUUUGCGUCGGUUCGUCUCUCAUCCCACGGACUAUACCGAGUGACAUCAACUCUCUGAGUAUUGUUAAUUGCAGUUUCCCAGAAAUCAAGGAGGCUAUGUUCUCGCUAAUGCCCUCACUGCAGUUACUACUUCUUAGUUCAAAUUCAUUUUCUGAAAUCAAGGAAGAUGCAUUCACAGGGCUUCCUCAUCUUGAGUAUUUAUUUAUUGAGGGUAACAAGAUUGAAGAGAUAAACAAAUAUGCCUUCAGAGGACUUAGGGAUGUUACACAUCUGUCAUUAGCGAAUAACAAUUUAAAAACACUGCCCAGGGGUCUUUUUUCUGAUCUGCGCUCUUUGAUUGAACUAGAUCUGCGAGGGAACAUGUUCCAUUGUGACUGUGAAUCCAUGUGGCUGAUGCUGUGGUUGAAGCGAUCCAAUGCCACAACCUCUGAUGUUUACUGUGCCAGUCCAUCUGGCAUGAAGGGUGUCCCAUUAAAGGAUGUCCCAGAAAAACACAGCAAGUGUGUCUCCACAGAUUUUGUUCAGCAUCAAAUAGUGAAUACUCAAUCAAUGUCAGCAGACAUCUUCUCUCACAAAGAUGAUAUAUAUGUGGCUAUGGCAGUUCCAAACUCAGACAGCUGCAUAAUCAUGGAAUGGGAUCAUAUUGAGACUAAAUUCAGGCCUUUUGAUAACAUCACAGGACGGUCUGUUGUUGGAUGCCGGUCUGUUCUGAUCAACGAGCAGGCAUUUGUCAUUGUCUCCCAACUCUUUGAUGGCUCCCUUGUCUAUAAAUAUGACCAAGCACAGAAUAAGUUCACCAAGUUUCAGGCAGUUGAAAUGCUUAAUGUGUCCAAGCCUAACGACAUCGAAGUCUUCCAGAUUGGAGUUGACUGGUUCUUCCUAAUUGUGGACAGUUCCAAAGCUGGAAUGACAACUCUUUUUAAAUGGAAUGGAACUGGUUUCUACUCAUACCAAUUCCUUCAUGAGUGGUUUCGUGAUACAGAUGCAGAGUUUUUUGAUUUAGAUGGCAAAUCUGUUCUCAUACUUGUGAGCCGUUCUCAGGUUCCUGUUAUCUACCAAUGGAACAAGAGCACCCAGAAGUUUGUUCUCCAUGAUGAGAUAGCAAAUAUGGAUGACAUUGUCAGUGUGAAGGCCUUUAGGAUCAAUGAUGUGCCCUACCUUGCGCUCGCCUGCUACAUCGGUGACUCAAAAGUCAUGAAGUGGACGGGCAAACACUUUGAGGAAGUACAGGGCUUCCCUUCACGUGGCGCCACAGUAUUACAGCCAAUCAAGUUCAAAGACCAGCACUAUUUGAUUCUUAGCAGUGAUUAUUCUUUCUCCCAGAUCCUCAGGUGGGAUGAGGAAAACCAGAAUUUUAUCAAGUUCAGAGAUGUUUAUGUUCAAUGGCCACGCUCAUUCACAGCACUGUCCACAGACCAGCGUGAUUUUGUGCUGGCCACCAGUUUCAAAGGCAAAACCAUGGUUUUUGAACAUAUUUCAGUGGAUUAUAGUAAAUGAGGCAUAUGCUGUUACUCGAUGCAUCUGGACAAAUGCUAAAACAAAACUCUAUUCUUUAAUAUAUGUAUACAUGUAACCAUAAUAUUUAUUAAUGUAAUGUUACUUUAACAAAAAGGGCCAAAACCCAGUGCACAUGUCUAUCUUCUGUCUUGCAAAAGUUAUUUAUGCAACAUUUUCUAUAAAAGUUUAAAUAAAUAAUGCUUUGCGGCUUAAUUUAUUCAGACAUUGAAAAUGCCUGACUGUUUGAUUAUAUCAGGGCCCAUUUAAUAAUUUCUUUGUGAUAUACUGUAUCACGUUCACCAAAGGUGGUCCUGCUUCAAUCCAAGAGACUGUGGACUUGUCAGCUCCAAGCUAAUUUAUUCUACUGAGCUGGUUUGACUUUAUGCAAGCAUGUUAUUGGUGCUGAGUAGUGAUAUUAUUCAGUAGAGACUAUCAGUUCCAUUGCCUUUCAUGAAUGAAAUCCUAGAAAUGUUUUAUUUAUUUUUAUUAUUAUUACAGAGAAGGAUCCUUAAAUACUCUAGCUGGCCGAGCAUUAUACUGGAUGUACAUUUGAAAAUAUAUUAUUGAUAAUAAAUAAAACAGCAUCUUAUUUUUA